AUGAAAAUUAACUGUUCAAAGCACUUUUUGUAUCUUUCAACUAUCAGUUUAUUUAUUUGCUUUACAAGUGAAAUUGUACACGACAGCUCAGUUAAUAUUUCAAGAGAAACGAGGAAAUUCUUCACAAGAAGUGAAUUUGACUUACACAUUGAAUACUUAACCCUCAGCUUGAUUACUACACACAACCAUUCACUGAAUAAAAUCUACGAACCGAAUAUUUUUGAAAAAUGCUAUACACAUAUCGACACAAAUCAGUGUCAUAUUGUAUUGGGUAUAUGUGUUGCUGAAGUGGAUUAUAUAAACAAUAAACAUCAGCAUAUUUCAGUGAAUACACCAAUUUUAAUAAAACAUCAUGAAAAUUUAAUUCAAGCUUAUAAUCGGACACCAUCAUUUUCAUGGGAAAUUUAUAAUGAAUUAUUGCCAGUUGGUUGUGAAAUAGGACAUGAACAAAUAAUGACCGGUGUACUUAAUAUAAAUACUUCUAUAAAUCAAUUGAAUUUAACCUACAACUUAAAGUUAAGUACAAUGAUUAAAAACAGCCUUCAAGUGUUAUUCAAUGUAUACCAUCUAACGUCCAAUGGAGAUUUAUGGCUAAUCGAUCAGUUAUCAACAGUUUUAUCAAGAGUUGAGCUUAAUCAACCAUGGAAACUAAUCAACUUAUUUGGAAGUGAUAAUAAUUCAAAUUCAAAUGCAUAUCAAGAGUCUGUGGCUGAAACAACUUUAAACACAUCAUCAUCAUCAUCGUCAUCAAAAGCUCCGCUACAUUUCAGUAUCUCUGUUAGGUAUCGUUAUUCAUGUUCAUUAAACUACUAUGGUGAAAAUUGUAAUCAUUAUUGUAAACCACGUGACUCUAAACACGGUCAUUAUCAUUGUCAUCCACAAACAGGAGAAUUAGUAUGUAACCCUGGAUGGACAGGUGCAAGAUGUAAUCAAGCACUUUGCAGAAAAGGCUGUAAACAUGGAAACUGUAUUGGACCGGAAUUAUGCAGAUGUUUAGAUGGUUGGACAGGUUCAAACUGUGACCGAUGUAUUACAAUGCCAGGCUGUUUAAAUGGACAUUGUUUUUUCAAUAUGACACGUGCUAGCCACGUACCAUUCACAUGUGAAUGUGAAUCAGGUUGGAAUGGUAUGCUGUGUAACAUAAAUGCACGAAUUUGUGAUCAGAAUCCAAAUAUCUGUCAUAAUCACGGUGUAUGCAUCAAUCAACCUGAUCCAAAUGGAUUAAAAGUGCCAUAUCGUUGUGAAUGUUUACCAGGAUAUUAUGGGAUACAUUGUGAGAAACAAAUUAUAGAUUGUAAAUUUCAUGGAUGUAAUCAAAGAGGUGAAUGUCAGAAAGAUGGGAUAUGUAUGUGCAAUUCAACAUACUAUGGUACAUUUUGUCAAUUUAAUCAAACAACAUGUGAUGAAAAUCCGUGUUUAGGAAAUCAGUCUAAAUGUCAUGAAAGAAUUACUGAAAUAACAGCAGACAAUAAUGAACAAAUUACAUUGAAAAUGCGACAAUUCAAGUGUCAGUGUGAACAAGGUAGAUUCGGUGAGAACUGUGAAUUUGAUAUAGAUGAGUGUUUGUCAAAGCCUUGUCAAAAUGGUGGUCAUUGUAUCGAUUUAAUAAAUGGUUAUCAGUGCAUUUGUCCGCCUCGUUUUACUGGUUCUCACUGUCAAAUGAAAUUAACAGCAUGUCAAAAUAAUUCAUGUGCAAAUGGUGGAGAGUGUUUAGAUGAAUCAAUUAGCUUCCAAUGUAAUUGUUUGCCUGGUUGGAAAGGUAUAACAUGUCGUGAAAAUAUUAAUGAAUGCUCUGAAAUACCAAGACAAACUGGACGUUCAUUAUGUCAAAAUAAUGCUGGAUGUCGUGAUCUCUUAGGCUCAUACAAAUGUCUAUGUUCAUCUGCAUGGGAAGGAAAACAUUGUGAAAUACGUAAAUUGAAUAAAAAUAGUAAUAAUAAUAAUAACAGUAAUAAUACACAACAUCAUCAUGAUCAUUCAGAGGAUAACUGUUUACAUAACCAGUUUGUAAAUGAAACAGUGAGAAAGGAUAGAUUACAUCAUCGUUACAACGAAUUCAUUAUGUUAUUUUUAAUUUUGACUAUUACAUUUCUUAUAGCGAUAUUUGCCUUUAGUGGUGGAAUUCUAUUCUUCUGUACAAGUUACAAAUAUCAAAAAGUGAGAAGGUCGAAUAGCAGUUCUCUAUUAUCUCUGUUUAGGAAUAAAAGUGUGACAAGAAAUAAUGAAAGCUCCCCUAGUGAAUUAACAAAAACCCAUGAACAUAGAACACUGAAUUCACAUCGAUUUGUUUAUUCGAUACAUCAGCAACAACAACAACAACAACAACGGCAACAGCAACGACCUUCAAGUUUGAAUAACUAUGCACAAGAUUGGCCUUGUCUUCUCUAUGUAAAUAAAUCAUUUUCGGAUAGAGUAUUUGUCAAUGUACAAAAGAAUUCAUAUGAUGACAAUCAAAAUUGUACAGGCUUGUCAUCGGUGUAUGAAACACCUCAAAGCUAUGUAAACGAAAACAAUUCUAUAGACAACAAUACAAAUAUCGCUUCAUUUAUAAAAUUGGAUCGACCUUCACCAUAUUGUAGAAAAGAUCAACUAGAUAGAGGAGCAAAAGUUCAUCAAGAUAGUCAAUACAAUGACCACCAAAACUGUCAAUAUUGUCAAUGUCAAAAUCUAGAAAAUCCAAGCCAAUUAUCUCAAUCAUUGAUUUUUAAUACUCGACCAGAUACACCACCUCCAACUUAUGAAACUUCAAUUGGUCUAAAUACAAUAAUACAUAAUGAAAGUAUCAACUAAAAAUUCAUCAGCUAACAUAAGAUGGACUGUAACGAUGACAAAAAAACAGCCAUUCUAUCUAUCCUCCCUUUCUACGUCUGAACACUAAAAAACAUUGAACUAUGUGAAAUAUGAAUUGAACACUUAUUAUUCUAUUAUAAAAGAUAAAAAUAAUUAUACCACCACACAGUGUCCAUCUGCUAGAUUUUAAUAUCAUCAUAUCAUUGGAAUUUCUUUUUCUUUUAGCAGUUUGAUGAACAUGCAUUUUUUUAACAAUGAUCUGUUGUAUAACUUCACUGUCUUAAACGCAGCAUUUACUCUGAUGUAAUUUAUUCAAUUAAAUGAAAAUAAAGAGGUCAUGAAGAAAGAAUGCAGUGUAGUAAAAAAAAAAACUUUAAUUAUUUUAUUUAAGUGACGAUACUAUGAUGUUAACAGUGUAAUAUAUACAUAUGUUUAAAAUUCGCUGUUUCUCCAAGUUUGUGUGUUUUCAUUUAACUCUUGUAAUAAAAAGGGUAUGAUUGUAUGCAGUGGAACAGUUUUCUUUUCAUGUCAUAAUGAAAGGCAGAUUGGACGUCUAUAUCUGCUGCAUGCGGAAGUAUUGAUUGAUAUACACUCCUGUUUAUCGAGUUACGCAUAUUCACUAUAGUUCAAGUCGAUGCUCAUAUAAUUGCUUUGUUUUGCCGGUGAACGUCUACAAGUGCCACAUGAUUCCUAAGAAAAAUAUACAAACAGAAAUAUGUCUUCGUUUCCUACUUAUUCAAAUUGAAAAACUGUAUUACAUAAUGUAAGGUGUAAGAAGGGAUGACUAAAUUGUAAGUUAGAAAAGAGACAGAAGUUGGCAUGACGUAAUAAGUGUGAGACAAUGACUAAUCAAUAAGCUUGUGUAGAAUGGACAGGAACUAGUGGAAAGGCGAUAAAGUGUUUUUGUAUAAAAUCUCUGUACAUUGGGCACCCCCAAAUGAAUGCUUUACAGUGAUACACAGAGUCCCUUAAUACCGUACAAAGAGACUUCGGAUACGCCAUCUGUACAUAGCUGAAGCAUUAGCUAUUCGAGAUAUGAAACUGGACCUCUGCAUUUAAAAGCGAUGCAUACAAUCUCUCGCCCUACCAUGGCCAGAGUAAAGUUCUUACUACAAUUUUGCUUCUUUCCUUCAUUAUGUAAGUUUCCUAUUAUUAUUAUUAUUAUUAUCA